AUUAGCUCUUGGGGAAAAGUUCCUCAGCCCCCCAGUGGGCUUGCUCAUGAGAACUUGUGGAAGUGAAGAAGAAGAUGACAUGGUGCAGCGGCUGCAACGAUGACGACGACGAUCAUGACCGUCCAGCCCACGGCGACAAGUCCUCCUCAUCGCCCAUGAUCGCUAGGAUAUGUUCUUCUUGUGGGCAUCGCGUUCAUCUUGAUGAUCAGGUUGGAAGUGCAAUUCAAGAUCUGCCAGGGCUGCCGGCCGGAGUUAAGUUUGAUCCGACGGACCAGGAGCUUUUAGAGCAUUUGGAAGGGAAGGCAAGGCCUGAUUUGCAGAAGCUUCAUCCCCUUAUUGAUGAAUUCAUUCCUACCAUUGAUGGAGAGAAUGGAAUUUGCUACACCCACCCUGAAAAACUCCCUGGAGUAACUAGAGAUGGCCUCAUUCGCCACUUCUUCCACCGACCUUCCAAGGCCUACACCACUGGCACAAGAAAAAGAAGAAAAGUUCACACCGACGAUCACGGUGGUGAAACCCGAUGGCAUAAAACUGGCAAGACAAGACCUGUCUUUAUAAAUGGCAAGGUCAAAGGCUACAAGAAGAUACUUGUUCUCUACACAAACUAUGGUAAGCAAAGAAAGCCCGAAAAAACUAAUUGGGUCAUGCAUCAAUAUCAUUUGGGUUCUAAUGAAGAAGAGAAAGAUGGAGAGCUCGUUGUAUCGAAAGUAUUCUAUCAGACACAACCAAGACAGUGUGGCUCAACUAUUAUGACAACCAAAGAUUCAACAACUAAGAUGAAGUCUAAAGGUGUCAAUGGAGAUCAAGAUAGCUCAAUUUUGAAAGAAGCAUGCAUUGUCGACUACUAUAGUUCUUCGCUUAUCUCAUACAAUCAAGGAGGGAAUCAUAGAGCAAGUUCUCCUCAUUUGAUCCCUAACUUUGGUGUUCAUGGCGGGGGUUCUUCUUUUCUUCAUUGAUGAUUUAAAAGAGAGAUAUGUACAUAAAUGUUAUGUGAUAUUCUCCCUUAAUAGCUUCAAAUUUAAACUAAUGUCAUGCCAAUUAUUUAGCAUGAUAGUUGAA